AUGUCCAAGGGGGAGCAGUUCGACAAUAAGUCCCAACAGGACGAUGUUCGCAAGUCCAACAUCAUGUCCGCAAAAGCCAUUGCGGAUGCUGUCCGAACUAGUCUUGGUCCUCGUGGAAUGGACAAGAUGAUCCAGACUGCUGAUGGUGAGGUGAUCAUCACCAACGACGGUGCAACUAUCCUCCGACAGAUGUCGGUUUCCCACCCAACAGCUAAGAUGAUGGUGGAGUUGUCAAAGUCUCAAGAUAUUGAGGCUGGUGAUGGAACAACCAGCGUUGUGGUCAUGGCUGGAGGACUCUUGAAUGCCUGCAGCGGACUGCUGAACCGCGGGAUUCAUCCAAACCAGAUAUCGGACGCCUUUCAACUCGCGUGCAAGAAGUCAACAGAGAUCCUGCAGGAAAUGGGAACCCCUGUUGAUUUCAACGACAGAGAAUCUCUCAUCAAGUGUACCAAUACGUCUCUCUCCUCAAAGGUGGUGUCUCAAAACUCCUCCCUCCUCGCUCCUCUCGCCGUGGACGCGGUCAUGAAGAUAGCAGAUCCGCUGGACAACAAUGCAGAUUUGAACAUGAUUAGGGUUGUGCGCAAACUAGGAGGAACUGUUGAUGAUACAGAGUUGGUUGAUGGAAUCGUUUUCACUCAGAAGGCAGCAAAGGGAGCAGGAGGGCCGACGAGGGUUCAGAACGCAAAGAUCGCGGUUCUGCAGUUCCAGUUGUCCCCGCCCAAGACUGAUAUAGAGAACUCAGUGGUGAUUUCAGAUUAUCAGCAGAUGGAUCGUAUCUUGAAGGAAGAGCGCACAUACAUUGCCGACCUGUGCAAGAAGAUCGCCAAGACCGGCUGCAACGUCGUCCUCCUCCAGAAGUCUAUCCUUCGUGAUGCUAUCACCGACCUCGGCUUGCACUUCCUCGCCAAGCUGAAGAUUAUGCUUGUGCGGGAUAUCGAGAGGGACGAGAUCGAAUUCAUUUGCAGGACUCUCCAGUGUGUUCCCAUCGCAAGCGCCGACGCCCUUCGACCUGAGAAACUUGGAAAGGCCGACCUUGUCGAGGAGAUCGGCACGAGCGACGGGAAGAUCGUUAAGAUCACUGGCGUUCCAAAGCCCUGCAAGACCGUCUCCAUCCUCUGCCGCGGAUCGAACAAGCUGGUGCUGGAGGAGAACGAGCGAUCCAUCCACGACGCGCUCUGUGUCGUGAGAAGCUUGUUGAAGAGGAAGUUCAUGAUCCCGGGAGGCAGCGCCCCGGAGAUGGAGGUCUCACAGAGACUGAUGGAGUACUCCAAGACCCUCGGGGGAGCAGAGAGCUACUGCGUGCGGGCUUAUGCCGAGGCCCUCGAGAUCAUCCCCGCAACACUGGCGGAGAACGCUGGUCUGAACCCGAUCAACAUCGUCACGACCCUGCGGCUGAUGCAUGCGAACGGCGACAAGAACGCAGGGAUCAACGUCAGGAAGGGAACCAUCAGCAACAUGAUGGAGGAGAAUGUCGUCCAGCCCCUCCUCGUCAGCUCCAGCGCGCUGGAACUUGCCACAGAAGCGGUGAGAAUGAUCCUCAAGAUCGACGGGUUCGUACCAACAUUGUAA